AUGUCUACUGGUAACGAUAAGAAAAGCACAAUGAGAUACGUGCUCACGUUGAAGGAAAGGAGGGAGUUGGAAGGUAAAGGUAUUACGAUGAUGCACCGCGUCGAGGACUUCAUGGACAGAAUAUACUGGAUGUACUAUAUCCACAUGCCAUACUAUCUAAUGACAUCUUUUGAUGCAUUCUGCUUACAUACCUUCUUUUUGAUGAUUUUCAGCUUAUCCCUAUUUGGAAUUGUCAAAUACUGCUUCUUCCUAUAG